UGUUUACAUACGUAGAGUUCGCAAUUUGUCAAGAGCGUCUCAACUCCCUCUCGUAAUUUGCGUUCGAGCGAUAAAAGGUAGAUAAGAGGAAAGCCUCUGGGGGAUAAUACCACGAUAAGGAUUUGCGCGACAAUGAGUUGACCAAAAAUAAGCGGGCCGCUACAUUCGAAGGGAAGACAACUCGAGCGAUCAGGUUCAUGCGUGACAGUCAGCUGAUCAGCUGACGUGAAACCGACCGGUUGGUGCUGGAGCGCGAUACGCGUGUAACAGCGUGUGAUUGUAAUUAACAUAAAUAUUCAUUAUGCGUCUGGUAAUUUGUGACACAGUGGAUUAUGUCGCAGAAUGGUCUGCAAAGUAUGUUCUAAAGAGAAUCAAUGACUUCAAACCUGACGAGAACAAGUAUUUUGUUCUCGGUCUCCCUACAGGUGGUACGCCUUUGGGAAUGUAUAAAAGGCUCAUAACGUAUUAUCAACAAGGCAAAAUUUCUUUCAAGUAUGUUAAGACGUUUAACAUGGACGAGUAUGUCGACUUGCCAAGGGAUCAUCCAGAGUCAUAUCACUAUUACAUGUACAACAAUUUCUUCAAACACAUAGAUAUAAAUCCGGAAAAUGUGCAUAUACUUGACGGAAAUGCGCCGGACCUUGAGAAAGAGUGCAAUGAUUUUGAAAGAAAGAUCAACGAGGCUGGUGGAAUAGAAUUAUUCAUUGGAGGUAUCGGUCCGGAUGGACACAUAGCUUUCAAUGAACCAGGUUCGUCGUUAGCUUCUCGCACAAGAGUGAAAACUCUUGCGCAAGAUACUUUGGAGGCCAACGCGAGAUUCUUCGGAGAUGACAUCAAUAAAGUGCCGAAGCAGGCCUUAACUGUAGGUGUCGGCACCGUAAUGGACGCGAAGGAAGUAAUGAUCCUCAUCACUGGAUCUCAUAAAGCCUUUGCCCUUUACAAAGCGAUAGAGGAGGGUGUUAAUCACAUGUGGACGGUAUCAGCGUUUCAACAACAUCCUCGUACGCUUAUAAUCUGUGAUGAAGACGCAACUUUGGAGUUACGUGUGAAAACGGUUAAAUAUUUCAAGAGUUUGUGGGAUAUUCAUAGCAAAUUGAUCGAGCAAGACAGCCGAACACAGUGAGAAUCUUAUUAUUUUCGACGAUUCGGGGGAAUCGUCGAAAUUAAAUAACAUAUGAUUCACAAAAAGAACAAACGGAAAGAAGUUAAACAUUGAUAAUCAAGCUGUGACUAAAUUGAUGAAAUAUUAUGUUAUGAAAUAUCCUACAUUUGUUAUUUUAACCAUAUUUUGACUUAUAUGAAAUUUUUAAUUAUAUAUGCUGUAUUUUACAACUGCCAUAUAAAUGCCAGGGAAAUGUAUUUUUAUAUUGUUCUGCAAAUAAAUUUAUCUUUUGUAUCAUCACA